AUGUCUCCUAAUUUCCAUAUCCCAAAGGCCCAGAAGGCAGCCAUUGUCGAGACUACCGACGCACCCCUUAAGAUUGUCAAUGACCAUCCCGUCCGACAGCCUUCCGAACUUAAACCUGGAGAGUGUCUCGUCCGUCUCGACUGCAGUGGUGUCUGUCAUACGGACCUCCAUGCCCGUAAGGGCGAUUGGCCGCAAGCGGCGAAGCUUCCUCUCAUCGGUGGUCAUGAGGGUGUGGGCAUCGUUGUCGCAAUCGGCGCGCACACGCAGGGUUCGCCCGUUAAUCUGGGCGACCGUGUCGGCAUCAAAUGGCUGGCGUAUUCCUGCCUAGACUGCGAGCAAUGCCGAAAAGGAAUCGAGCAGAGUUGUCCUAACCAACUAUUGAGCGGCUUCACUACUGAUGGGACAUUUUCCCAAUACGUCGUCUCCUGGGUCAGUCAUGUUACCCCCAUCCCGGAGAAUAUGAAUAGCUUCGAGGCUGCCUCCAUUCUUUGUGCCGGAGUCACCGUAUACCGUGCUUUGAAGUAUUCGAGGGCACACAUCGGCGACUGGGUUGCUCUCCCCGGAGCUGGUGGCGGUCUCGGCCAUCUUGCGAUACAGUAUGCAGUCGCAAUGGGGUUCCGAGUUGUCGCCAUUGAUACCGGCGCGGAGAAGAAAGCACUCUGUGAAAAACUCGGUGCGGAGCGGACCUCGUGA